AUACUAAUUGAAACGUUGGACUGGAAGAGCUUGUUACAAAUAUCUGAACUGUCAGCUGAUAGAUUUUAGCGUAUUUUAAAUCAAAUGAGCUCAUGGGCUGGUAUGAUCGCUACUUCGAUUUGUCUAUUGCGUGUUAUAACAUUUAAUUCUUACCCUUAGUUACUCGAAGAGAUGAAACGCAAGAAGCUGAUUAUGGAUCAAUGCAUCUGAAUGAAACACCCUGUCUAUACGUACGUCUGUUAAACCUAACAGUAAUAUUUAGUAUUAUUAAAAAGUCUAUUUAUUUCUUUUGUUUUCAUUUAAGUAUUUCAACGAAGUUCUUGGCAGUCGGAUUUUACUGUUUUAUUAUCAAACUACUUCCACCCAUUCCGUUAAAACGGUAUACCUUCCGAUUAGAUACACAAAAACAUGUAAGAGUAUAGCUGUGAUUAUAUGUCUGGACAAAAAUCCUAGAUAUUAAUUUAUGCGUUCGGAACCUCCAUACACAUGAGUUUCGGUUGUAAUUCGGUUAAGCUAUCAGUCUGAUUGAUACAGCUUUCAACCUGAUAAUGAAACUUGUGGUGUCCAGGUUGCAUUAUGCCUCGAAUAAUAUAACAGUCUUAAUAUUUCUAAGCUCAACAUCUGUUUCUUAGAGACCUGAUUUAAGCCUCGUCUCUGCAAUGAAGCGUGAUGUUAUUUUGUGAUUUGUUUGUAUACAAUAUCGAAUAACGUCUUUCCAACGUUUAUCAUCCCACACUUUCGGAACUUCAUGCUUCAUCUUAAACUAUUUCAGUUAAUUUUUGGAAGAAGCCAUGCUUAACUCCAUUAACUAUGUUUUAUUCGUUUAAUUGACGUCAUGUUCAACUCAUUUUGGGACAGUAAGCUCUUCCUGUGUAUUAGAAUAAUUAAUUCAGUGAUGCAAUUCACUGAGCUUAAAUGACGUACUCGAUUCUCGUCCACAGCACGUAAAUACCGUUGGUGCUGCCGAAAUACUCGAAUUGGAGUAACUUACAUAAGGUUCCAACCUGUGGUCAUCUAGUUUAGUUUAUUGUGCUCCAAGAACUAUCUUCCAUUAUCCUAAAGUAGUUGAAACAGGGAUUCUGCUGAAGAUAUUGCAUAUAAGCCUUCUCAUACCUUACUAGAAACAUAGACUAAUUGUUAGCUUUCGACGUUCAUGCAUUCGUUGACGUACCGUAACUGGCGAGUCGUUUGUAAAUCUUCCUGAAAGACCUUUGUUGCUAAAGGAAAGUGCGUCAAUGUAUAUAUACUUGUCUGUGUAUAGUGUUUAUUUUAUUUAUUUAUUUGAACACAUAAAUAUUGGUACAAGAAGGCACCAAAUAUAUAUGCGCCACAAAAAAUUUUAUUUGUGUGUGGGCUGUGAUACUGCUCGGGUGCCCAGACCGAAGCAGGUAGUUUUCUUAGGGGGCCACACCCCGAGCCUUUGACCUGAAGAUCUGAUCCACAAGGCAGUGGAGCAUCGUGAGGAGAUGCAGUCCCAUGGUAGCCGGUGACCAACGAUUGGUUCAUACGCCAUUUGUUCCCUCAGGAUACUGGAGCCCAUGUGCACCAUUGGUUUGGAUCCGGUUAUAGCGCCGGACAUUCGCUUUUCGUCCUCUCAUUUUUGUAAACAAUAGUGUUUAGCUUUCUAUAUAGGACCAUAAGUAUUAUCAUUUAUUUAUCAGCUGGAUUCUUUUAUCAUGUUUAUAUAGAAUUUUAAAAUUGAUAUUACUCAGUAAUUGCACUAUAUAGACUGAAGGUAUUUUGCUGAAAAUAAGUAUCUGCUUAGUAGAGGACUUCGGUCAGUUGCUUGAUAGUAUUGUAAUUCCAUAUUAUCUCGAAUAAACUAACCAAUCGAUCUAAUUGAAUAUGUUACAUAAUGAGCUUCGUUCAUAUGAGUUAACUAUCGAUGGUAGACACAUUCGGAAUCCUCUGGUAUUUACUUCGUACACUUAUUUUUCUAACAAAAGUUCAAUUUGAUAGCACGAUAGCUUAUCUAUUUUCACUAUGUGGUCAUAAGGUUUAGUCAUUUCGUUCUGAGAGUAUUCAGUUUUCGUAAAAUUAAUUUUAUCUGAUUAAAUGUAGAGGUGGGUGCCAUGGAGGUGCUUAAAUUUGGUUCUGUCUAAGACUACUAACUAUCCAUCAUGUAAUCUUCUCAGGGAUGUGGUAGUAAAUCGUACUGUCGAAGUUCGUUUGGGUUAGGCAGAUUUUGCAGGAACCUAAGAGAUUUCUCGUUGCCCUUUAUCCCUCAGAGAUUGACGUCUAAAUGCAUUAAAUAUAUCUUAUUAUUUUUGUCUGUCGAAUAAUUUAGUGCCUGUAGUUAGCAGUUUUAUGCGGUCUCAAGGGCAAUUGUUUGUUAAACUUUGCUACAUGCGGUUAUAACCCUCAGUUUUUUAAAACUCUGUAACAGAAAAUAAUUAUUCAAUGUUUUCUCACAAAUCGCUUAUUCCUCUGAAGGAUAACAAAAAUAUUGUUCAUCUCUUCUGUUUUCUAAGGGUUCUAUUCCAAAUGUGUUUGGAAUCGUAUUUAGCGAAUUCAAUGUAUAAUUCGUUGGAGUUAUCAAUAAAAGUGUUGCGGGUACUUUACAUCUGUACAAAAUAUUAUAUGCAUACAAUUGUGCAGCAGAAGUGAUCAUACUGAGGCUUUGAACGUACAUUCACUGUUCGGUGAACGCAUUUCCUGUAGCAUCUGUGGUUAGGUUAAAUGUUAUUGGGAAAAAGCAUAACUUAUGCUUUAGUAUUUGUUCCUGAUUGGAUUAUUUGUAUUUUAUUUUAUGUGAGUAUUAUCAUAAAAAUAGAAAACUGACGUAAGUGAAAUUCUUCGCUUGUGACGUAAUAUGUCUCGUCACUAUCCUCAAUAUUCGGUGUUACGCAUUUGCCAUAAAAGAAUUUGUUAUUGGGUAAUUAGUUAUUAGUCAUUUUUUCAUUAUGGUAAUAACUACUAACGAUCUCUCCUGACUUUGUUAACAUCAAAUGAUGGCCAAAAUUCGUCUUUUUUUCUAAGCAGCUGAUACUUACUUAGAAGGACAAUCUGUAAAAGGUGUUCGUUAUCAUCUAUUUGUUUGAACACAUGAACAUUGGUACAAGGGGGCACCAUAUACAUAUGCGCCACACAAUAGCAAUGAGGUUAUGAAGAAAUAUAGAAUAUUAGGUGCGUAUAAUAUAAAAAAAAGAACAAUAAACAUAAAUUAGUAUACGGAAGUAAAAUAAUAAUCAUAAUCGUAGAAACAGUCUGGUUAGGAAAAAUACAGCCAGAAAGAAUCCUUUCAUUUAGAGAUGUUACGUUCACUUUUAUGAAGAAAGUAAAAGAGUUACAACAGAAUCGCCACUGGCUCCCAUUCUGAGACAUAUUUGAUAACGUCUCUAACCAUUGUGUUGUAUGAUCUCUAGGACCCAACUAGGGAGUCGCGAAAGACCAAGAGAAGCCAGUCUUGUACAUCCUUCUUUCUUGUCACGACACCAUGUCAUACACUGACCACCUCUCCGCCUUUUCCAACCAGUCCCAGAGUCGGCAAAUAAUGCACGACGUGGAAUUCUGUGGUGUGACAUUUGUAAGACAUGUUCAAGCCACCGAAGUCAAUGUUUCAAGAUAGUGACACCGAUUGAAUUAUCGUCGCUGCUCCAAAACAGACGAUACCGGACUUCUGCAUUACUAACAGGGUGUCGCCACUGGAUGUCAGCAAUCCUUCGAAGACAACGAUGAUCAAACACAGAGUCGUCUACUAUCUUCAACUCGGAGAAGCCAGGUUUCACAAGCAUAGACCAAAACUCUUCUCACCAACGCGUAGUAGAUCUGAACAUUUACAGCCAUACUAACGUCACGAAGGCACAUCGGGGAUGACUGUGCCGGUUGCUGGUGCUAACCAAAAGCAGGUUGUAUUCUGCGCACAUUUUCAGUAUACAGUCACCGUUAUCUGACCUGCGACCGAAAAGUCCUCGUUGGCCACCUAAACGGCUCUUCUGUGCCCGCUUUGAGCAUUCAAGUUUCCGGCUAGUACUACCAUAUCUGUCAAACGCACUUUCUAUAAAAGAACUAUUAACUGGAGGUAAAGCUCAUCCUUGAUCUCAUCCGGGCUGCAAUCCGUCUGAGCUUAGGCGGAGAUGACGAAAAGACAUUGUUUCUCAUACCGAUUUCUUCUUACUUUGAUGGAACUUCCUAAUCUGAUAGCACAUCACCGACUGUUAAUAGGAAUCCAAUUGAACAGUGCUGCCUCGGUUCUAGCGCUCAGUGUGAAGCAAAACCAGAUAAAGAUACCACAGGGUCCACAGACAAACGCACGUGAAACAAGCUUUUUGAAGCGACAGAUGGAGAGCAAAAUCGUGCUGCUUCGCUACAGUCUUGAAUACGGGUCUUGGAUAGACGACAGACAUUGAUGUUGAGACUUUCUAAAGAUAUAGAAAACCGUAUCUGUUGUCCUAUUUACAUUAGUAUGCGAACGUUGAAGGAGGUGAGUUUAAAUGGUAAAUGUGGUUUCAAAAAGACUGGUUUAGUAUUCGUAGUCGGCGGUGGCAUUCAACUUUCAACCAGUCACUGAUUGAGAUCGUUUAGAUAGGACGGGGUUUCUACCGUCUGUGAGCUUCUGUAUAGUUGAAAAAUGAAAGAAUACACAAAAUGAGGAUAAAGCAGAGUAGAUAAGUGACGUGGUAUAAAAGAAAUACAAACGAAUGUUAUCAAAUGACUGUGAAUACGAUUUGACUGAAGGAGAGUUAAAGCAAUAGUAAUUUUUUUCAGUAGUAAUUAUCAUUUGGUUUGUGUGUGGGUUGGGAUACUACCCGAAUGCCCAAACCGAAGCAGUUGGUUUUCUUAGAUGUCCAUACUUCGAACCUUUGACCUAAAGGUCUAAUCUACGAGACGGUGGAGCAACGUUAGGAGAUGCAGUCCCAUAGGAGCUGAUGACCAACAAUAGGUUCAUACGUCAUUUGUUCCCUGAGGAUCCUGGAGUCCAUGUGCACCAUUGGUUCGGAAGCAGGGUUUUCCGAAUCCCGUGGUUGGAUCCUCUAUAUCCAUCGACUUGGUUAAACCGCUGUGUAUUUGUUUUCCUUUUCGAUUUUGUGAAAAACACCCCUUCCGAGAGAAAGUAAUGAGUAAGGCCUUUGUGGCAGUGGCUGUAUACGCGUGGCCAUGUGAGAGCACUUCGAGAGGGAGAGCUGACUCUCCUCACCCUCCUCCCUACCAGGCACUAUGUGGUUUAGAAACACCAUUUUAGUCAUACAUUAGCAAUACUCUUCACACAUAAAGUUCUGUUUUGAAAUCACAGUGACGACGUCACCGUCUGAAAUCUACUGAUUUUCUUGUUUAGUUCAGUAGUGUCAAAUAACCGUGUUUUCAAGAAUUGAUAUAUCCAUUCAACUUUUAAAUAUUGCACUGUAACUGGCGUGAUUCACGACUGACAUUUUAACAUAGUCAAAACAGUGUAAUUUACAAUAUAUUUACUUCAUGUCCUUCUUUUUGUAUUUGCCAGUUACAAAACGGCUUCAAAAUAUUACACUGACUAUUUCCAUCCAUGUAACAAAGUUUUCGGAAUUCUGUACGAUUGAAGGAAAUCAAAAUUUCCUGGAUUAAAACGACCGUACUAUUGUUAAGUUAUUCCCUUCUGAUGAUUCAUAAUGUUUUGCUUGAAACAUAUAGACAUUGAACGCGAUAUUUGUUACAAGAUAUACAUAUAUAUUCUGGAGCAUACAUGCUCCUCUUCGUGUGUUAGUACUUCAGUUUAUAUCUUGUCUAAGGAAGUAACGCCAGAUUAUGAAAUUAAGACAUAGACGGACAUAUAUCAUUUUAUAGAUUUAUCUUAAUGUUAUUAUGUUUCUCACUUUCUAAAGUGAUAAGCCUUACUAUAGCCAUAAUCUGUGGUUAGAGGUUAAGUUUUAUGGCUCAAAUUUAGUUACUGGAUAAAAUGAUAUGAACAAUUCAUUUCCUCGUAAAUUUUAAACAUGGUAUUGUUUCAUAUCUUUCAUUUAUUCUAAAUUGGGAUUUUCAUAUUCCGUUUUCCGAUUUGUCGUAUUUUCUGUUUAACUCUAUUAUUAUGGUGACUCCAUCUUUGUUUGAUAGUGUAAAAACUAAUAGCAUGGAUCCAUACCUAUUUAGUUCAAGUAUCUAUACAUAUUUAUUUUCUGCUAACUUUCAGCUACUAUAAUCUUAGUCUUUAUUAUCUGAUACUUGUCAUCAUUUUGUAUUGUAAAAGGUAAUUACUUUCUAGUAUCCAUAUUUUGUUUGUGCUUCUCAACAGUUUCUUUCGUUUUGUUAGCCUUAUACUCAAAAUGCAUAAAAUGAUCGUUGUGGUUUUAAGCGAACAAAAAUUAUGUCACACUUCGGGAUUAACUCAAACUUAUUAAAGCUUCAAUUCAUAUGUGGUUUUUUUCUCAUACGUCAGACUUAUAGUACAGUAUACUUCUACAUGUCUAUUUAGUAUCUUUGCAAAUCUGAGUUAUACUUAAAAUUAAUUUAUGCUCAGUAGUUUAACAUUAGCUCUUAUUUUAACAAACUCUGAAUGUAGUCCUAAUCCUUUUGUAAAUUCAACUACAAAUUUGUAAAUCAUAGUGAUUUUCUAUCUGAUAAUGAUAACAAUCCACUAGAUAUAUUAUGCAACCAUUUUAUUAUUUGUGAUUGUUCACUUUAUGUUGUCCACAUUAACUAUAAAAUACUUCAAGGGUGAAUAAUCCUCAGUAAAUUAAUUGUUCUAUGAUUCCAAAUGAUUUGUUUAAAAAAAGAUAUCAAAGCUUAUGUGUGGAUGUAAGUACUAAUCAAGAUCGUGUGCUGAUUUCACAUAAUUUCAGGAUUAAAUAAAUAUUUUAUAUUUUACUGCAAAUAUUUAUCCAUAUUUGCCCGUAUGUAGCAUUUUUAUGUUUUUAUUAUUCUCUUGUGUUGAGUAAUACUCUUUUCAUGUUAUCAACCUAUUAUCCCUGUGUAUCCAUUUCGUCUCUCAGUCUGUUAUUCUCCUUCAUACUCUGUUAUAAUACUUAGUCUAAAAAUCUUACGACCACGAUCACCAUCAUAAACAUUAGUACAAGGAGGCACCAAAUAAAUAUACGCCACAUAAAUCGUUCGAUUUGUAUGGGGGCUGUGAUACUGUCUGGGUACCCAAACCGAAGCAGUUGGUUUUCUUAGAUGUCCAUACUUCGAACCUUUGACCUAAAGGUCUAAUCUACGAGACGGUGGAGCAACGUUAGGAGAUGCAGUCCCAUAGGAGCUGAUGACCAACAAUAGGUUCAUACGUCAUUUGUUCCCUGAGGAUCCUGGAGUCCAUGUGCACCAUUGGUUCGGAAGCAGGGUUUUCCGAAUCCCGUGGUUGGAUCCUCUAUAUCCAUCGACUUGGUUAAACCGCUGUGUAUUUGUUUUCCUUUUCGAUUUUGUGAAAAACACCCCUUCCGAGAGAAAGUAAUGAGUAAGGCCUUUGUGGCAGUGGCUGUAUACGCGUGGCCAUGUGAGAGCACUUCGAGAGGGAGAGCUGACUCUCCUCACCCUCGGCCCUUCCAGGGUAUUUGGGGGCAUGCAUUCUUUAGUAUUCUGAAGUAACUAGUACUUGAUAUUGCUACAAUAUAUAUUCAUAUUGUUUUAGACCAAAUAUGCUCUUUAACUGUUAUGUGUAUAUACUAUAAGGGGAUCACUUUUUGCACAUUAUUACUUAUGACAGUAUCACCGCAAGACGUGAUUAUGGUAUAUUUCUUGGUAUGGGAUGAUAUUCUGAGUGAUAUUCAUCCAUACAUAUCUGUAAUGUUUUUCUCAUUUAUCGGCUUAUGAGGGUAUUCUUAAGAAUUACUAAGGCUAACUCAUAAAGCCUCUCAUGUUUGUUUCGAAUAGCUUAACUAUUACUCAGUACUGUUAAACAUUUCAUUAUGGCUCUGAAAAAGCGAAAUCAUACUUUUUUAGCGUUUGACAUCUGGAUUUUCUGGCUGUUCUGCUCAGUCCAUUGCUACUCGAUGGAUUGAAAGGAGUUUCGAACUAAAUAAUAUGACUUUAACGGAUUAUCAACGACGUGUUCAAGAAAUUCGACGUUCAGUUCGUCAAGGUAUCGAUUCAGCAGCAACAUGCACAGAUGGGAUUAUUCAUGCAUUAAAGCAAUUAAUUCAUAGUGGAUGGCUUAACAGCCGAUGGAAUUUAAUCAGUGUUGAUUGUGAUCACUUCGCAUCGGAACCAUGGGAAAAAAAUUUUGCUUGUUGUUAUCGCAAUGCUCAGUGUAUACUUUCAUCUUUAUUUCGGAUUCCUGAGUUUAGAAAACGUCUUUUUGGAUCCGUGUCUGCAAUGCCAUCCAUAUGGAAACUACAAGCUCUUUUGGAGUCUGCUUGGUCUCUUGGUUUUGAUCCACUUGGUGCAUCCCAGAUAUCUUCAACGAUCAAUCCGAAUAAAAUUUCGUCUGGUGCCAAUCCUACAGGUUCUGAUGACAUGAUUUCUACAGAUAGUCGUAAUCUCGUUGGAAUUGUAGACAGUACUGCAUGUCUAGGUGCCACUGAUAUGGUUUCUCUUUUCGGAUCGAUAGGAAUACGUUCGUCAAUUAUAGAAUGCCGUGCCCCUUCCGGCCCUGGUGGAACUCAUCCAUACCUCUUAACUCAUAUUUACUCUUAUAUUACCUCAGGUAAUAGUCAUGGAAUAUCGAAUGAGAUUCUCUUCAUGUCGAAGAAUUUUAAGAAUAAUUCAACAACUGUAAUUUAUAAUUGUCAAUCAUGGAAAAUACUUCGCUCCUCUUUACUCCAUGGUAUUAUAAAUUAA